CCAGCAACCAACCCAAGUCACCAUCGCUUCUUGCCCAAUUCCCUACAAAGACGCUUCUUUCCAGCAUGGGCGUCUCCAUCAUAGACGCCCAGCGCGACAUCAUUCUAAAUGUGAUCCGCUCCACCACCCAGGGCCAAUGGAAAGUCUUGGUACUCGACGACACAAGCAAGAAACUGCUCGACAAUGUCCUCCAUGCCGACGACAUCCUGAAUGAGAGCAUUACCAACAUCGAGAAGAUUGAGGACCGUCGUCCAAAGAACCCCGAUGUCGACGCCAUCUACCUAAUCUCUCCUCAAACACACAUUGUCGACUGUGUCAUGGCCGAUCUGGAAAGGCGACGCUAUAGAAAGACAAACCUGAUCUGGACCUCGUUACUCCCGCCACACAUGAAAGAGCGUUUGGACAAAUCUGCUGUCGCCCGCGACCAAAUCACAAUCUUUCGCGUACUCAACGUCGACUUCUUCCCUCGCGAGUCCCACCUUGUCACUUUCAGAGACCCAUGGAGUUUUCCUAUUCUAUUCCACCCCGCCUGUAACAACCUCAUCCGCCAGCACAUGGAGGAUCUCGCCCAGAAGAUUGUCGGUGUCUGUGUAGCUCUAGGCGAAUUUCCCGACAUCAGAUACUACCGCCCACGCACUCCUACCCAUGAGGCUAGUGUACUCUGCUCUCAUCUGGCUCGUUUUGUCCAGGAAGAGCUCAAUCUAUAUGCCAACUUCCACAAAGACUUCCCUCCACCAAGCAAUCGUCCUCGCGCCACUCUUUACAUCACUGACAGAUCCAUGGACGUCUUUGCUCCUUUACUCCACGAGUUCACCUACCAGGCAAUGGCUCACGAUCUGCUCCCCAUCCGCGAAGGAGACAAAAUCACUUACAAGACCAUUGUCAAUCAAGGAACGCCUAAACAGGAAGAAAAGGAUUACGAGAUUUCGGAAAAGGACCGUAUCUGGGUCGAGAAUCGCCAUCUCCACAUGAAGGAUACCAUCGAAAAGCUCAUGGGUGACUUUCAGAAAUUUAUCGAUGAAAAUCCUCACUUCACCAAAGAGAGCGAUCCUAGUGGUAUGAAUGGUCUUAAUACUAUCAAGGACAUGCUGGCUGGUCUCCCGCAAUUUGAAGAGAUGAAGGGAGCUUACUCUUUGCACCUUGGUAUGGCCCAAGAAUGUAUGGAUCUUUUCCAGCGCCACAAACUCCCAGACAUGGCUUCAGUGGAGCAGAUUCUGGCUACCGGUCUUGACGAGGAUUACCGAAAACCGAAACACGUAACGGAUCAGGUCGUAAGAACUCUGGACGACGAUGCUAUUGUUAUGCCGGACAGACUUCGCUUGAUUGCGCUCUAUCUAAUUUAUAAGGAUGGUCUACUUCCUGCAGAUCUCAUCAAACUCUUGCUUCAUGCUCAGCUGCCUCCUCAACAUGCCGAGAUGUUGCACAACUUUGGCCUUUUGGGAGUUCGGACAUCAAGAAAUCUGAAGGAUUCCCGCCCUCCACCUAUUCCACUAUUCCCUCAGAAGCCACCGCCGACCUUGGUUCAAGAAGAGUAUGCUCUGAGUCGCUUCGAAACAGCUCUCCAACGGUUGUUGGCAAACCAUGCAACCAACACGGUUGAUGCCACCGUGUUCCCCUACAUUAAGCCACCGAUUGAUCUUGGUGAGAACGACAUUGGCCCUGCGCCUACUUCUUUACGAUCUGCCAAGCCAACUUGGGCAAAAGCAAAAUCGUCAACCACAGAGCCCCGGCAAAGAGUCAUUGUGUUCAUGGCAGGUGGUGCGACAUACUCGGAGAGCCGUGUUUGCUAUGACAUGACGCGCCAGAGUAAUAAGGAGGUGUUCCUGCUCACCAGCCAUAUGCUCACACCAGCUUUCUUCCUCCGACAGGUGGGUGAUCUCAGUACGGACAAACGCAAGCUAGGUAUACCUGCCGAACAACCACCUAAACAGGCCCCUGCUCACUUGUUCGAGCGCGACGAGCCACCACCACCAGCACCCCGGCCCGUACAGGCUCCUCUGAAACCUGCCGUGCCAGCUCAGCCGCCCACUCAGGCCAUGAACAACAUGAGCCUCAACUCAAAGCAGGCAAACGGGACAGCGACAGCAACACCAGCGCCGAGUUCAUCAAAGCUUCAAAAGGAUCCCGAGAAGAAGAAACGACACUUCUUUUCGAGCAAGCGAUGAGGAGAGAAAACUUUUUCUUGAAAAUGUUAGCGUAGCAUUAGGAGGCGUUUGGGGACAAAAUGUCGAUAUUUCCGCAACUUUUGGUAUUCCUGUAAAUUCUAUUCAAAGAUAGGAGAGCGCAGGCGCUUAGUGAGUUUUUGCAAGGAAUUAGCGCAGCGUCCGGAAGUGAUGUACUAAUUAUCUUAAUUGAUGGUAAACACACAAAGAAGUCGGUUGCUAUGACUGGAUGUUUCUUGAGAUUUGUUAUGCGGCUUGAGUCGGGCGCGUAGACUGCAAGUCUGCAAGUUUGCAACCGUGAUGGCAAGGCACUCAAUCAUGUGACGCAAUGCUCAAGGCUCCCGCACCCCGAAUGUGAAGCUCGUCUAUCCUCCUUCACACAGCCAACUACCCGAGCCCUGCAAGUCAACGAGAACAACAGCAGUCGCAUCAGUUCAAAUGGCAUCAACAC